GCCUGGCUGCUCGUUGAGGACCACCUUAGGCUGCUCCCACCCCUUGGCUAAAGAAAACAAUUCUGACUCCACUSAGUUUUCUUUAACUGUUCAGUUAUCAUCUGAGAAAGCGUCCUCCCUUUACACUACAGCAGCUACAGGAAUAUUUGGAAUACCAAAGUAUUUUUUUUGCAGUGAUUUCUUUCUAUCAUCUCGAUUCACCACUGCCUGUAAAAAAAUUAAUCCAAAUUUGGAUCUGUCUGGUCUCAGGAUCGGAACGCAGCUCUCUAAGCAGAUCAAAGAUGUUUGUUAAAGUUCCAUUCUUCAUCUUCRUCCUCGGGAGUGUGCCUUUCCUAGCACUUGCUCAAGAAGCAAGCUCAGUUAUAGAAGGAGAAGAAACUGCAACAUUUGAUUUCAGAGACAGAAAUGACACAGAGUWUGAAGAAUUACCAACAGUGUUUGGACACCUGAAGACCACAGAAAGUGCCUUCAUCCCGGAAAGAGAAAGUGAAAAUUCUACUGUUUAUGAAGUUWACACAGAAAGUGUCGAUGGUGAACGGAGUGGCGAACUAGAGAAAACUGAUGAAGGUGCUCUGGGAACAAUUGCACUGGUUGGAAUAAUCGUUGGAAUCAUAGUUGCAGUUGGAAUCCUUGCAGGAAUAAUAAUUGCUGUUGUAAGGAAGAUGUCAGGCAGGUACUCGCCCUAAACACAAUUGAAACAAGCAACCAUGCCAUUCUAUGCCAGAAAAUACAAGUGCUUCUUAUUUUAUACAAACUAAAGACUGUUCUUGUAUUUGUGUGAGAAGAUGAUCCAUGGAAAAUAUAGUCAAAGAAUUUCAGAUCUAUGGGGAUACCGCACAACUCUAAGGACCACCCUUACCUCCCCCUGCCAAUUACAAAGUAUGGAACAUUUCAUAGGAUUUCUUUACUAACCAUAAUUUUACUAGAAGAGAAAUAUUUUGCAGUAAGAAAAAAMCGUGCAGAAAAGAGAUGUACAUCUGAAAUGUGAUUUGCAGGUAAUACAUGCUUGGGUUUUUAUGCUACCAAAGAUUAUUUCAUAUUACAUUGUAUGUAUUAUUUUGAAACAAACCAAAAAAAAAGGUUUUGGCUGGUUAAAUGUUUCUGGCAUGUUUUUCUACCACAUGACGUAUCAAAAAGGAGGAAUUAGCUUCAGAGAGAACCAGUUAUUUACAAAUUAAGAAAAUACUGGAUAUUGGAAGCUAAAAUCUUUCCACUACUGAUACAGAUUUUCUGCUCUUGAUACUUAUGUUAUUUUGUGGCAAAAUAUGGUUAGGUCUGGCUGGAACUGACCUACCAACUGAAAGCUUGCUCGUCUGACUAUGGCAUCAGGAAUUUCCUGCCUCUUCUUGUUGCAGAGACAUGCAGGAACUGAAAUACACAUCCUGAAUUAAGGGGUGCUUGGAAAAUACCCAAUUUUGAUGGGUCACUUUAAAGCUGACAUGUAGAAGCUUUUGAAUUAGUGUACACAGUUUUUUUCUUUAUUCCUGUCCCAUUUUCUAACUGUACAGUUGAUUUGUUUGACAACACGUGCRACACCAGGGCAGAACGUGUUGCUGAGGUGUAAUGCAGCUUUGGAGUCUGCAGCUUUUCUGGGGCAUAUUUUGUGCUGCACAACCWGAAUGUACAGAGCUCAGAGCAAAGGUUUUGCAUGUCAAGUGGCUGCAGUGCAUCAGGUUUCCUAAAUUUUAUGGCACUUCAGUGUUUGGUGUAAAAAUCAUGAUAAUCAACAUGGUCAUCAAUUGCUAAACAUGUCAGCUUAUCUGUGUUUGCUUUUCUUUUUCUUUCGUGUGCCUUAAACUAUCAUAUCAAUACAAGCUUUGGAAAUAAAAAUCAUAAUGUUAACGGUAUUAUUUUAGUAUAAUUGUUCUUUGUU